UUCCAUUCCCUUCUUCUGGUAUUAGUUACCUAAUAAAAACAAUGAAGCUAAGCGAGGCAAGAGGCAAAGAAGAGAAGCAGGGGAGACAACAUUUCCAGCACGAUCUAAAAAACAUGAUCUCGUCUUUAACACACAUGGGAGCAGAGAAGGGAGGACCGAGCCAAUAUGAAGAAAGGGAGGAGGAUGAAGGCGUCAGAGUUAUCACGCUCUCUGGAUCCAACAUAGGAGCCACCAUGAAGACAGAGCUCGACAACAAUCAUGGAGAAAACAAACAUGAGCUUGAUUUCCUUACUACCUUCGUUAACAGCAACUUUCAAGCUGUGAACAACUCGCUAAUGAUGGGGGCCAAGUACGAGACUCAUGAUCCCGGCGUUCAUCUUGACAUCUCGGGCGAUGUGGAGAAGCCUUUGAUGAAGGCAUCUGCGAGGGAGACAAAGGAUAAGAAGGGGAAGACUCCUGCUCGAAGUUGAGCGUUGAGAAACUGAAAAAAUACAGAAUGGUAUCUUCAUGUAUACAACUUCCGCUUCUUCAGUAUUAAUCCUCUUUUAUCACUUGUCCAUUUAAAUAAUCAGAGAGAAGUUGUGCUAAACCACUUUACUUUCUCUUCGAAGUUGUUGCGUAGUAUUUAAGAAAAUAAAUAUAUCAAUAUGUAACAUAACUUCUGAAUGUAUGUGUGUGUUAUAUA